AGGUCGCAUAAUGGUGGUGAUCGGUUAUGCUAAAGCGCCCAAUUUGCAGUAUUUUAACCGCAUUUUCUACCGCAUUACAGUCAGAUAUUAGUCUCACAGUCCCGUGGUGGGGCAGAGAUCGAGCAUCUAAGCUGACACCAGAGAGAGGUUUGCAUACAACACAUUUCUCAUUGAGCAGUGUUCAAACAAUGGCCAGUAGUUCAACUCCAAAUGCAGCCAGCAUCAUGCUGGAGUUUGCAGCUAACACAGGACUUUACCCAGAGAGACUGCCACCGCGCAGAUACCUGUGGACUGAUGCUUACGCUGUAUGCAACUUCCUGGGCCUGGCACGAAGGACUGGGGAAAUGAGAUACCAGCAGCUGGCCCAUCAGCUAGUGGAACAGGUACACACAUAUCUAGGCAAGCACCGCCCAGAUGAUGCCAGGCAAGGCUGGAUCAGUGGGCUGUCAGAGGAGGAAGGGAGGGUGCACCCUACUAUAGGAGGAUUGCGCAUAGGAAAGCAGCUGCCUGAGCGUGGUGCUGGAGAUCCAGUUGAUGAUGAUUUGGAGUGGGAUAGAGAUGGCCAGUAUUACCAUUACCUCACAAAGUGGAUGCAUGCUCUAACAUGCAUGACCGUGGCCACAAAUGACCCAAAAUACAAUAUUUGGGCAGCAGAGCUUGCAAAGACUGCACAUGCAAAAUUCACUUACGGCUCAGGGAAUCGUAAACGCAUGUACUGGAAAAUGAGCAUUGAUUUAUCCCGCCCCCAAGUGCCUUCCAUGGGACACCAUGAUCCUCUCGAUGGCUUAAUCACAUACAAUGUCAUCCAGAAGUACCUGCCCCUGGGACAGGAAGGAAUGCCAGAUCUGGCUGCAGAGAUUGUAGACAUGGAAAAUAUCUGUAAGUGUCGGGACUGGGUCACUACUGAUGCCCUGGGGAUGGGAGGACUACUUACAGAUGCUUACAGAGUCCUCAAGUUAACAGUGGAAGGGAAGCUAGAACGUGGAGAUCUCCUCACUGAGACAAUUCUAGAAUCAAGUGUGGUGGGUAUGGAAGGAUUUGGCAGUAGGAAACUCACAGGGAGUGCAGAGAAGCGUCUCGCCUUUAGAGAACUUGGCCUUGUUAUUGGUUUUAAGGCUGUCCCACAGAUGCUGUUAUUACUAAAGCAGCAUCCACCCCUUGGGUUCAACAGGCCAAAGAUCCCCAUGGAGAUUGAUCGGCUGCAGAAAUACAGUGAUGAAAUCAUGAAUUCUGUGGUAUACUUCUGGGAGGACCAGAACAACAGGAAUGCCUCUACAUGGAAGGGGCAUCUGGAUAUUAACAUGGUGAUGUGGGCAACCAGCUUGGAACCAGAGGGCUUCUACUCUAUCUAGAAGGGCUCUCAGUGCAGGCAGUCAUAACUACUUACAAGACUUGUUACAAGACUGCGAGUUACAUGAGGACUGCCUGUUUUAGGAGAGAGAGUCGAACAAGGAUGUGUCCACAGCAGUCACGAUACAAGCUGACUGCUUCAAGUCACACUGUUUAGAAAGACUUGUGUAAAUCACCUGAUAAAGUCCUGUUCAGAUACACAAUUGCAGAGGAUGGCUUUUUAUUGCAGUAACCAGGGAAUAUUGUUGCUCAUGAUACCCUACAUGUUGACUACCCUUGGCAUCAACUGGCAAGCAUUAGGAUUUCUGGUGUAACUCCUUGGAAGAUCCUCCAAACAUGGGUAUUUACGGAAUAUUUGAAAGGGGGAGAAGGAGCCCUCAGAGAUAGUUACAGUGAAGAUUUAUCUAAUGAUAUUCAUUCUAAAAAGAUAUGUUGAAUAGCAGCACUUUGAACAAUCUAAAAUUACGAAAAAGAAAAUUUCUUUUUCUAAAAGAAAUUAGACGUAUAUGCUGGCAUCCAUGCAAUUAUGUGUGGUUGUUUACCGUAAGCAUUAAAAAGAAAGAAUGAGUAUAUAUAUCGGUUUAUUGGGUUUUGAUUAAUUCUAAGAAUUACUUGGAAAGAAAUAUUUCAGGGAUUGUCACUUGGUUUGUAAUUAUAUCAAUAAUAUGACUAGGUACAUCUUUGCAGUCAAGGAUCAACUUGCUCUGUUAUUGACCCUGAUUUUUAUAAUGGAGAAAGUCCAGAGAAAAUAUUAUGAUGUUUUCUGAUUGCAGUUAUAUCUUAAAUUAAAUUUACAUCUCCAUGCAAGGAGUUAAAAUGCUAUUAUAUUCAACCUGUCUUUGCAGUCAGAAAUCACCUAAGUAUAGUGCAGUUUGUUAGUGAGAAAUGUAACAUAUUAUAAUUGUGUUAGUUGUGACUAGUGUCACAUCUUUGAAAUGUGGGUACACGUUUUCAUGAGCCUCUUCUACAGGCCAAGGUAGGGAGAAUAAUACAUCAGAGCAUUUACUAUUGCUAUGUAGGCUGAUAUUACAUAAGAAGUGAUCUUUUGUGCUGUAUGGCAUAAAGAUCAAGCAAAAUACAACAAAUUAUGUUGAAUCUAAGGUACCUCUUGUAAUGAAAUUUGUUGAUUGAAGUGUGGUAUUUGUAUUAUAUUGUGUCCACUUAAAGUUCACUGUGUCUUUUAAUCAAUUGUUAUUGAAGACAGCGCAGGUUUGCACAUAUUUUUGUAAAUGCCAUGAGUAGCAUAAUGUGUCAAAGCAGUGCAGUUGGAGGCAUUUCAAAGAUUGAUUCUUUCGAUUGGGAAAAAAAGCAACCAGCAAGUCCCCUGAACAAUUCCCUAAACAGUUUUUCCACAUUUAAGUGGUAUCUGAGUUUUUCUCUUUGAUGAUAACUGAGCAUAAUCAUAGUCUUUAACUUUUCAGCCCACUAGUCACGCAGACUAUUAGGUUUCUAAAAACUACUAGUCUAAGUCAAAGUUAACUAUUCCAAAGUUGAAACUUAAAGAUUUUGGGGGAAAUGGUUGCUAUAUUACACUAAUCCAGUUUGACAAGUAAAUUGGGGGGAAAAAUGUAAAAGAGAAAAUUCACUCAAUUACAGACAAGCAGAUACUUCAUAUACAGUUGCAUUAUUGUGAUACAACUUUAUGUCAUUAAAUUUUGUAUUAUAUUAUUCUUGGUCAUGUUCUUGAUGUUCACAAUAAUUCUGUUGGGAGGAUUUUGUUGAGAAUUCCCUUCAAUAGACCUGCACUUUCCUCAGUUAAAAGGAAAUCUAUCACAGCAAAUAAACCUCUCUUAUGCUACAUAUCUGAAUAAUUCCAGCCAUUUGGAAUGCUUAUUUCACUUGCAGAUAUUUGUAUUUUUAGCGGUUUUGUAAAUCAUACCGGUGAAUACUGUUUUCCAUCCAUGUUCUGAUGGAACAGUUAGAGGUGUAAAAUGUAGUUUUGUGAGUCAUUAUGUAAUUGGAUAUAUUUCUGUUGGUGUUUUAUCUGCAAAUUAGUCGAGUCAUUGUUCAUAGUUUUUGUAUGCAAAAUUCAUAUAUGCACGCAGAAAAUU